GCAUAAAGGCAGACUGUCAGAUGAUGUAACAUUAAAAACAUCAAAAUUCUUGCAACAAUUCAUCAAGGUUUAAUAACCAUUCAAUUCAGAAACUACUGGUGACACCAAGGGAAGAUUUCUACAGCAAGAAGAUCACUAAAGAGACUAAUAAACCACUGAUACUCAAUGCAAGCGAGUGUUAAAAGCGUUCAUCCAUAGCGUUGGGCGAUAUUUUCAAAUUGGUGGUCAAAGAGAAUUGAUACAGACAUUUUUUAUUGUAGCGAAAAUAUUUGGGUGUUCGUCGGUCAUUUGAAUGGCGGAGGUUUCAGCUGGGCCAUGUAAGUCAUUGGGGUAGUUAGACCAGCGCUCACUACACUAGAGACAUACACCUUACGAUUGAUGUUCACGGUAGACUGCUAACUACGAACGCCAAGUCCAAAUCGUAUUUUGAACUCAAUUGUUAGCUGUUCGAAGUCAAGACAACUUAAAGCAUGAAUUAGCAAUUUAUAGCUGUCGAAGACUUGUAAAUGCGAUUUCAAAUGUGUCGUCUGUCGUAAACGUCAAUCUCAACUGUAGCGGGCCUCAGCCAGACAACACACCGGAUCUCGCUCCCUCGGCAUCAAUACUGAUAAUCGUUCAGGAGUUAUUUAUCAGUACUAAAAACUCCCCCCUAGUUUCAGUUUCGAUCUAUUUUAUCACAGAAGGAAAUCAUGAAAUUGCUAAAUUCGAUAUUAAAAUUUUGGAUAAGCGACGUUCCGAUUUAGGCACUUUUUUGGCCAUUGCCCAUGAUUCAAUGAUGAGAUUACAGGGACAUUUCAAGCUCUAGAUUAACAAAAUAAAGGUUUGAUGACGAGUGUUCCCAAAAGGGUGUUGAUGGGGUAAAUCGUGAGUCGUGAUUCACUCAAUUCGGUUACCGUCAGUCGUGAAAACACUAAAACGUAACCCAAAUUAUAUUGAAAGUCUAAAUCGAUCUGUGAUAUAAUAACUGUUGGAAUAAGCACCAGCUUUUGGGUACUACUUGUGUCUUGUCAAGGGCAGGGCAUUUUUUAACUGUCAAACUAGUGGAGCAUUUACCUUAGCUAGUAUAGACCUUUGCUUGCCCCAGUAACGAAGCAAGAUUUGGCCAUCUUGGCGUCGCUUUUCUCAUAGCCAUAGGCCGAAUGAAAAAAUGCCGACGUUCUUGCUCAAGAUCAUUGCUCCAGAUAUACAUAUAUCGCUCACUGGAUUGAGUGUUUCCACAUGGUAUUAACCUAUUUCUACAUUUCAUUUAAGAUCUUUUUCUGGUGUUCAUCGUCGUGCUCAUUGUCCUGCUAUAUCUCCUCAACAAGAAACUAGACACUAUGCCCCCAAAUAUAGACCCGCGCGCGCAAGACGAUGAUGGCGAAGAAUUGCUGACGUCAACAGAAUAUACUGAUUAUACAUCAAAUGACAUCACUCCGUACAGUAGUGAAUAUAGCACAGAGUAGUGUAAUGUAGUACAAUGUUAGCUUUUAAAACUGGUUUACACUAUCAAAGUUUCUGUGAUCACAGUAGGAAUUUUGCAUCGGUAAAUUCUAAGUUUUGAAGGAUUUGUAAGAAAUGCUUGUUAGUAAGUUCUUUGAAUGUUUGCAUGGCGAUAAAAUAUAAUUGUUUUUGUUUGUGGAAACACCACGUAAAUUUACUAGAUUUGCUUGUUAGUGUUUAAUACCGAGUCAGUUUCCUCAAACAUUUCUUACAAAUCCUUCAAAACGUAGAAUGUAUCUUUGCAAAAUUCCUACUGUGAUCACAGAAACUUUGAUAGUGUUACCCAGCCUUCAAGCAGUGUCGCCUGCUGAACGAUGUGAUUUAGUCGGAGUGAAACUAAGUCAGAGAAUAGACUACAAAGAAGCCGGACUUCUUGAUUUUUCCUAUGAUUUUCCAAUGAUUUUGGCGUAAGCGCGUAAUUCGUCAUCAAAAUGCUGACGCCAUGGGCCUAGCCAGUGCGCGUUUGAGAGGCAUUCCGUCUACCUUUAUCAUAGAUAUCUUAUAUAUACACUAGAUAGUGCAACUAAUUAUUCUGCAAUUCAAAAAUUGAAGCCGUGAUUGCAGACUCAGGAUAUUCCCAUGAAAUGAGAAGACUCGUAUGUUUUCUAUUUCUUAAACAGGGAACUUAAACAUUAAGUUAAACCUAUUCCAAAUACGUUUUCAAACUAUUCAAAUGAUGAAAGUUGUUGUUGUUUUUUAAGCGUUUAUUAGCGAGUGGGAAACUCCAACAUGGCCGCCAUCUAUUCAAAUGGGGGUAACCGCUGGAAUAUUCUUGGUUUCAAUUUUACUAAAAGAGAUGCGCUAUCUAGUGUACAUAUAUAAGAUAUCUAUGGCCUUUAUUCUGUGAUAAGUUUUUUGUAGCAAAUUUGUGGAAAAGGAGUGGCGAUGAUAUUGUAUGGGUUUAAUAUGGCUCUUUAUGUAAUAAACGUUGGUCUAAUUAACACCAAAUCUUCAAUUUAGAUAAAUUUAUUAAAAUAAUUUGAUUUUUGCUCUCCAAACAUGUUAAAAAAUUGUCACAUUGUCGCAACGAAUAAAAUCACAUCGCUCAGCAGGUGACACUGGCUAACAUGUCAAGGUCACUGGAUGACGAAUGUAAUAGUGUCGAUAUAUCUCUAUAAACUGAUUUACAUCAGCACACAAAAGACAAGAUAUGUCACAACAAGGCAAUUUUUGUUGCAACUUGCAAUGAUAUUUCUGACAUAGAGCGAUGUUAUCUAAAACGUCUCGGUGAAAUUGUGAGUAUGGCCCAAGAUCUAUUCUGCUGACAUUUUCACCCCAUUCUUUCAUUUUUCAUUCCUUAAGAGCAUGUGAUGAAAGUUUCCGCAGAAUGCACGUCAUUCUCACAACUAGAUCACCAACUCUGUGUCAAACAUUGGUGAGUGUUGAUGAGAGUUGACAAAAUAAAGGUUUUUCGUCAGAGUGUCCCAACUAUGUUUUAACUUAAAUAAAAUAGAUGAUAGUGUUAGGAAAGCAUUGGAUUAUAAUCUUGAACUGUCGAUCGCACUAAUGUAUGGAUGCAAAAGCUUGUUCAACAGGGUUACUACAGUAAAACCCCGCAUAUAAGACUUAGAUUUUAAGAACCUAUUAGGCUAAAAUUGCUUAUUUAUAGACCCCCGUUAUAUAAGAAACUGUUUAAGCUAAAAUUUCAAACAAGUUCUUAUUAUCAUGAUUUUUCUGUGUUGGUGUAAUGUACUCAGGUGAAUAUGAUGCUUGUGAUGUUACUCUGAGUGUAUAUCCACACCGGGCAAGCUUGAAAAAUUCUGUUCCGAAAUAUCACAUACUCGAACCGACCAGAUCGCGUAGCUCAGUUGGCAGAGCAUUGAGCUAGUAUUCCAAAGGUCGUAGGUUCGAUUCCCACCGUGGUCAGGCAUAUUUUUCAAGCUUGCCCGGUGUGGAUAUACACCCAGAGUAACAUCACAAGCAUCAGGUUCUUAUUAUAUUUUUAUCACUCUGAAAGUUGAAACUAAAAAUUUAUAAAUCAAAGAAAACAUAUUCUUCUCUUCAUUUGGGCAAAAUUUAUAUCAUUUUCUACACCAACCAAAAAUGAGUUGCUUUCUCUUUAGAAGAUAAGAACCUAUUUAAUUUUAAGAACCUGUUUAGCCUAAUUUUACGAUAAGCAUCAUUUAUAUAAAAACCUGUUUAGGCCAACUUGGAAAAUCUAGGUUCUUAUACGCGCGGGGGUUUCCUGUCAUUUUUCAAUUGAAUAAAAAUAAUUUGUAUUUCAAAGGUAUAGGUUGUCGAAUAGCUGACCGCGACUUUCAAGGAUAAUCGAGCACGUAAAGUUGGCUAAUGAUCAUUCCUGGAAACUUUUAUUGUGCAAGCCAGCUUUAAUGUACAGAUUAUACAAAUAUAUGUACAGUCGCUCAAAAAUGUGCUGUGGCAUUUUUUCAGUGGUAUUGAUUUUUAUAUACACAUUGAUGGGAGAUGGGACUUCUUACAGCC